AUGUCGUCCUCAUCUGGUGUGGCCGAGUCAUGGAUCGCAUCCUUCUGCAACAUCCUCGGCCACGAAUAUUUCGCCGAAGUAUCCGAGGACUUCAUCGAAGACGAUUUCAAUCUCACCGGCCUCCAGUCCCAGGUGCCCAUGUACAAAGAGGCGCUCGAGAUGAUCCUGGAUGUUGAGCCCGAGGACGAUGAAGACGAAGAGGACGAGGAAGAGCAGGAUGAGGAGGAAGAGGAGGACGAUGUACUAGGGGACGACAAGACCGGUGGAUACAGGAGGGGCGCUGGCGACAGGAGACACCUGCGGAUGGCGAGCGAUCUAAGCGUGAUAGAGAGCAGUGCAGAGCUGCUGUAUGGUCUGAUACAUCAGCGUUACAUCACGAGCCGCCCUGGGAUCCAGCAAAUGGCGGAAAAGUACGACCUCGGCCAUUUCGGAAUAUGCCCGCGGGUGCAUUGCUGCGGUGCAAAGGUCCUACCCGUUGGAUGCUCAGACACGCCGGGACAGGAGACAGUCAAGCUAUUCUGUCCAAGCUGCUUAGAUGUAUAUACGCCGCCGAACAGCAGAUUUCAGACAGUGGACGGCGCGUUCUUCGGCACAACAUUUGGAUGUCUGUUCUUCAUGACGUUUCCGGAGCUUGAAAUCGGGAGGCCGAGACCGGAUGCUCCGUCCACGGCCAACCCGGAGGCAGCUGAGCCCAUGGCCACGUCGUCGAAACCGGGCUCAACCACAUCGACACCUACGCCGCAGCCGGCUUUGAUCAACGGAGUGACGCCGUCAAAUCUCGCCCCGGGCUUGGGCCUGGGUAACAUCUACGAACCAAGGAUAUACGGGUUUAGGGUGUCUGAAAGAGCGCGAUCAGGCCCGAGGAUGAAAUGGUUACGGAUGAGACCAACAGAUGUUAACGAGUUGGACGAGUGUAGGAGAUUCUACGAAGAGCAUGCUGAAGAGGGGGUGGGCGUACCGGAGGAGGACCAAACGAUGGUGGAUGUAGAAGGACGGGCACAACCAACUCCAGAGAGGAAGAAGAAAGUGCCAAGGAGGAGGAGAACAACGGCGCCAAACGGGGGCGUGAGUCCGAUGGAUACGAAUGGUGUCGGAGAGGGCGGGGGAUGA